AUGCAGUUACCAUGGCUAUUUUCUUUGUUGGCACCCCUUCUAUACUUCGUCACUGUCAUAGAUGCAGCUCCAGAAAGAAAUCGUAACAAGCCAUCCUAUUCUAGCAAUUUAAGAGAGAAUAAACAAUCAAACAAAGCAAAGAACAAAAGCAGCAAGCCAAAUAUCAUAUUAAUCAUGACUGAUGAUCAGGAUCUGAUGUUAGGUUCAAUGGAUGCUAUGAAUAAAACACGCCAUAUAUUAGGUGAAGGUGGUGCUACAUUUAAUAAUGCCUUUGUGACAACUCCGAUGUGCUGUCCAUCUCGAAGUACAAUAUUAACAGGACUUCACACACAUAAUCAUAAUGUGUAUACAAAUAAUGAACACUGUGGUUCUUUGAGCUGGAGAAGAGGACCUGAAACAAAAACAUUUGCAACAUUUUUGAAAGAUAAUACUUAUAGAACAGGUUAUUUUGGUAAAUAUUUAAAUACCUAUAAUGGUACAUAUAUACCACCAGGAUGGAUGGAAUGGGUCGGAUUGGUUCACAACUCCAGAUUUUAUAAUUAUACUAUCAAUAGAAAUGGCAAAAAAAUUCGAAUGAAAAAUGACUAUUACAAAGAUUACUUGACAGAUCUGAUAGCCAAUGAUAGUGUCACAUUCUUCAAGUUAUCAAAACAAGUUUAUCCAACGCGACCUGUAGCAAUAGUGUUAUCAAUGCCAGCACCCCAUGGACCUGAAGAUGCAGCUCCACAGUAUCAGCAUAUGUUUUCUGGAGUCAUGACACAUAGGACUCCAACAUGGAAUAUAGCCCCCAAUCAUGACAAGCACUGGAUUUUUCAAUAUACUACUAAAAUGGAACCACAGCAGAUUGCAUUUACAGAUAUUUUACAACAAAAAAGGUUACAAACAUUAUUAUCUGUUGAUGAUGCUGUAGAAAAGUCGUACAAUAUGUUGAAAGAGAUGGAUGAACUGGACAAUACUUUUAUAAUUUUUACAUCAGAUCACGGCUACCAUGCAGGUCAAUUUGGUCUUGUUAAAGGGAAGUCCAUGCCCUAUGAUUUUGAUAUAAGGGUUCCAUUCUAUAUACGAGGGCCAAAUAUACCUCCUGGUAUUCAAAUUCCUAACAUCAUAUUAAAUGUUGACAUAGCGCCAACAAUACUGGACAUGGCUGGCAUCCCAAUACCACAAGAAAUGGAUGGAAAAUCAGUAUUAAAACUGUUAUUCAAUGGUACCAGAGGAAGGUCAGGGGACAAAAAGAAAAGACAAUGGAGAGACACUUUCCUGGUUGAGAGAGGGAAACCAAUUGAGGAAAGGGAACGCUCAAAUUACUUACCAAGAAAUGAGAGGAUGAAAGAGGAAUGUGCCAAACCAGAAUAUCAGUCACCAUGCCAACCAGAGCAGCUCAAGGAGUGUGUGAUGAACGAAGAUGGAACACUUCGAUUUAAAAAAUGCAGAAAUGAAAAGAAAAGCAGAAAAAAGAGAAAGAAAUGUCGGUGUAAUAACAGCAGCAGAAAACUUGGCAAAAAGGAAAAAAAGUCACAGCGAUUAUUUAUUAGAGAACAUAUAAGCCAAGAUGAUUAUAAACCUCGAUUCAUGAGAUCUAGAAAUGUCCGCGAUACAGAGGCAGAUUUAGAUGAUCCAUUUUCAUUCCAGUUACCUGACAAUAAAGCACUGUCUGAUGGAUCAGUAAGAAAUGCUGUUGUCGACCCCAAAUGUCAGAUUUAUCCAAACAGAACAGUAAUGUGUGAUAAUAUGGUCUCAUCAUCAAAAGAAGCGUGGAAUGAACAUUCACAGUUUGUAUCAAUGCAAAUAAAGGAACUCAGGGAAAAAAUUAAAGAUUUAAAGGAUAUCCAUAAUUAUCUGAGAAAAGCAAAGCCACCAAAACGUAAAUAUUGCAUAUGUAAAUCUGGGGACUUGGAAUUGGAUGAAGAAGAUCUGGAAGAAAGUGAUGAAGAUGAUGAUGACAGUAGUAUUGUAGAAUCUGCAACUGUUUAUUCUACUGGUGAAAAGAAAAAUAGAAAAGAAAAUUUAUCUGAAACUGAUAAGAUGGCUGUUUUGGACAAAUACAUUGAGAGAUUACACAAAAAAUUUGAUCUGUCAGAAGAAGAAAUUGACCAGCGUGUACAAAAGAAAGCUAAAAAACUGAAGAAAGCAGGUAAAAAAAUAACUGACGUUGAACUAAAGGAAGAGGAAGAUGCCUGUCAGAAGCCUGGAUUAAAUUGCUUUUAUCACCAUAAUAAUCACUGGAAAACCCCUCCUCUUUGGACGU